UCAUGCGAUGGCCUCCUUUGAGAGCAUGAGAAGGUUUGAGACCAACGGAGCAACCGAGGGGCACUCUUAGCGUCUCUUAUUUUGCCGAGUACCCGCGAGUUAGCUCUCGGCGUCUCUUACUUUACCGAGUGUCGGUGAGUUAGCUUUCUGCGAAGAGCCUGGUACCUGUCGUAUAAAAAAAUUCUUGUAGUGUUGAUGUGUUUCGAGCAACUAGUAUUCCCUGUCGCAAUCCAAUCCAAGUCGACCAAAUCCACUUUGAUUACCAGCUAUCCACGUACGUGGCAAUCUCACUGCUAGUAUAUAUACUACUGUGGCUAUUGCAUUUUGCACGCAUCUAGAGUAUUAAUUCCUUUCACUUUUUAUUUCCUCCAUCCAUAAGGACGGAUCCAUGUCGACCGAUGCCAGGCCAGGUCCCUAUCGGCCGACCUCUCAACGGCGACACCUCACCCGCCACACGGCGCGCAACUGCUCACCCACUUGACCACCACACCGCUACGCCUAUAUAGAAACCAAGACACCAUGAUUCAUAAGAAAACCAAGAGGAAGAAGAAGCUCAAGCUAGCAGGAAGAGUACAAGGAUGCAGCAAGCCAAGGUGAAGGUGAAGGACGUCUCGAGCGCGGUGAGGGCCAAGGCGAAGAUCGCGUGGGCCAAGCUGGCGGAGAAGAUGGAGGCGAUGACGUCGAGGUCGCACGACGAGAAGCAGCUGGCGCACGAGCGCGGCAGGGCCAAGGUCGCCGCCGCCGAGGCGCAGCUGCACCAGGAGAAGGUCGCGCACCGCGAGGCCGCCAUGGAGCACCGCCUCCACAAGCACGCCGGCGUCGGCGGCCACAACCACAAGCACGCCGCCGGUGGCGUGCACUGAUCGAUGUGUGUGUGUGUAUAUACAGGGGCGCGGCGCGUCUAGCUACGGUGGCCUGCCACCGCGUGUGAUUUCUUCUAUUCUUUUCGCUCAUGUCCUGCUACGUACGUACGCGUGUUGUGUUAUAUAAGUUCAUCUAGGUGUGCCAUGUGAUUUUGUUGACGUCAUCGGCGUUUGUAUGAUUGACUAGUUAAGAAAACCGAUUUUUUUUCCUUUUCUUUUA